CUAUUGCGUAAAACUAAAUUUGACCACCAAAUAAUUGUUAAACAAUUUUCGGAAGGGGAAAAGAACAAAUUGAACGGCAAAAGUAAACACAGGAAUUAACAAAUUUAUAUGAAAAAUCGAGCAAAAGUGGUGGCCAAAGGGGGAAGGGAAUUUCAGGGGACUUCGCGCAAAACUACGGACGACGACGAGACCUCGAAAAAUCGCAGGGCAAUCAAUUCAAGUGUGUUUGUGCGAAUUGAUUACAAAAAUAAAGGUAUUUCGAGAGGUGAGCGAUAAAGCGUGUGUGCCUGGCGAGGAUUGGGUGUCCGGAUAGGUAACCUUCCAUUCCGAGUCCCAAGGCAGCUCCAUUACCACCAAUCCAACGGAGUGGGGCCCACCUGCGAUAUGUGAUCAGUGGGGCUCUCCGGAGGUUUAUGCAAUGUUCUAGCUCUCGACGCGGAGAAAGAGAAGCAGCCGGACCGGGAAGAGCCAGGAAGAGACUGUCCAGAUGACUGUGACCACCAUGGAGGCACAGGUCAAGGCAGCACAUCAUCAUCACCAUCACCUCGACGGCGGAGGAGCCCAGCAAAAGCAGGAGGAGGAGGAUCCCGUCGAGGACGAGAUGACCGUACUGGUGGCCAACAAGAACUAUCACUAUGACACCGCCUCUGAGCUGGGCGACGAAGCCUUUGUGGAACUCAAGGAGGACUCGCAACCCACGGGCGCUUCCUUUUACAACCCUGAUGAACUGCUGUUUGAGGAGCAGCCGCAUCCGCAGGUCACCUGGCUGGACGACGACGAGAUCGAGACGCUGGAUCGCGUCACACUGGACAUGGGCAACAUGUUCUUCAAUCGCGUCGACAGCCAGGAUAUCAUAUACCAGCAGAAAAAGAAGAUCAUCAAGAUGGUGGGCAAGUACAUCAUGGGCGAUGUCCUCGGCGAAGGCUCCUACGGCAAGGUGAAGGAGGCUAUGAACUCGGAGAACCUCUGCCGACUGGCCGUCAAGAUCCUGACCAAGCGCAAGCUGCGCAGGAUCCCCAAUGGCGAACAGAAUGUCACCCGUGAGAUCGCCCUGCUGAAGCAGCUGAAACACACGAAUGUGGUGGAACUGGUGGACGUGCUGUACAACGAUGAGAAGCAGAAGAUGUACCUGGUGAUGGAGUACUGCGUCGGCGGGCUGCAGGAGAUGGUGGAUUACCAGCCGGACAAGCGAAUGCCGUUGUUCCAGGCUCACGGUUACUUUCAGCAGCUGGUCGACGGGCUGGAGUACCUACACAGCUGCCGGGUCAUCCACAAGGACAUCAAGCCGGGCAACCUGCUGCUCUCGCUCGAUCAGACGCUCAAGAUAUCCGAUUUCGGGGUGGCCGAGCAACUGGAUCUGUUUUCGCCAGACGACACGUGCACAACGGGCCAGGGAUCUCCGGCUUUCCAGCCACCGGAAAUCGCUAACGGACACGAGACCUUCGCCGGCUACAAGGUGGACAUUUGGAGUAGCGGAGUGACACUUUACAACCUGGCUACUGGACAGUAUCCCUUUGAGGGAGACAACAUCUACCGGCUACUAGAGAAUAUCGGGCGAGGCCAGUGGGAGGCUCCCGAGUGGCUCUAUGAGCUGGACCCAGACUUCGCCAAGUUAAUUUUAGGCAUGCUGCAGGCUGAUCCCAACAAACGCCUGUCCCUACAGGAGAUUCGCCACGACACUUGGUUCAGAUCCGCCCCGCCGGUGACCGGCCCACCGAUACCCAUUCCCCCGCUGAAGGGCGACAAAUACCGUAGCUCCACAGUGAUACCUUACCUGGAAGCUUACCACUACGGCGAUCAAGAUCAGGAGGAUGUCUACUUCACCGAGCACGAUGUAAACCAGCAGCUCGCCCGGCGAGCGCAGGCUGCGGCAUCCGAGAUCCGGGCCAAGUCGGCGGCGGCACAAGCUGCCUGCCACGCCUACGAGCCGCCUUCCACAAGUGCUGCCGCCGCAGCCGCCUCCGGAAAUUCACUGGGCAACGGCAGCAGGGAGGAGGCGCCGGUCAAGAAGAAGGGGUCGGCGCUGAAGCGCCGCGCCAAGAAGCUGACGUCUUGCAUCUCCGUACGCAAACUGAGCCACUGCCGGACUUCGUAGGCGCAAUUAUUGUCGCCACUAAACUUAGAAGCUAAGAUUAAUUGAAAGGAAUAACUUUGUUAACAAAUUGUGAGGAACU